GGCAGGAACAGGUCUCCGAUCCCUAGGCUAUAUUUACUCUUCUGCCCCUAUAUCUUCGUAACAGUAAGCUUCUACCCAUUUCCAUUAAUGCCCCUGUCUUCCUCUCGAAAGUCGAAACUGCUUUCGUCUUCUACGUGUCUUCGCCGGAAAACGCCACCUCAGCCUUAGCGACGAAGUUAUCCGAAUUCGUCACUUCUAAAUUUAGAGAGAGAGAGAGAGAGAAAGAGAGAGAUCGCACACAGAAGUGUGCGUUGAUUCAUGAACGACUAUGAAUUUCAAAAUUACAAUAUCAUAUGUGCUGUAUUUAAUAAUGGUUGUUCUGAUAAGCAUGGAGUGAUCCAUUCCAUUGUUAUGAAGUUCUUCGGUGCUUUUGUUUUGCUGCUCUCUUCUUCUUCUUCUUCGCAGUUCUUAUGCAUUGUUCGCUUGAUUGAUCUCCAUCAGAGCUUCGAUUGCUAUUUAAAUGGCGAAAUGCAGCACUGCUCGACACUUUUUUAGGUUAACCAGUCUUCAGAUUGGAGACUUGCAAUCGUAUCUUUCAGAUCUUAGCCUCUUCUUAGCACCUGAUAGCAAGACAUUCUAUGUAUUGGUAGAUAACAGACCAUGGCUGCAAGACUUAGUAUCACGUCCUGCACACCUGUGGCAAUUAAUGGUUACCAAGUCUCGGAUGUCCCCUUUCGCGAUCAGAAGAGCAAGAAACGCUAGGAAAGACGCCACCCAAAGUUUCAACGAGUUGAAGUUCUCUUCUGAAACUUCAACUUCAACCCCAUCUGAAAAUCUGAGACGAUGGUUCCUGGUGAUAGAUGCUGCAAUUCUCUCAAAAAAGAGGGCCCUGCUACCUGUUGAGAAACUUAGAACUUCCUUGCUUGCAAGUAGCAAACUACAUAGAACCUUAUAUGGGUUCAUCGUUUUUGAAGUCGCCUGGAAAAAUGUACGUGGCAUCAAUUACUUGAAUGAACUUCAGACUGAUACUUGUCUUGCUAUAGAAGCAAAACACAUGAGAAGAUGGGAAUUCGAUAGUAUAUCUCAAGCUGCUAAAGGCAUAACUUCAUGGUUUCCAGGGACACCAAGUGAGUGUUCUCUUUUAAAACAGCAACUCAACUCCAUGAAUGUUGAGACUGAUUCACAAAGCGACUCAUGUGAAGAGGUAGAUGAAGCUACUGAAUACAUGGACGCAUUACUUAUAUUUCGUUUCAAUGAUCAUGAUCUUCCUUUCGAAUUACAAGACAUAAUUAUGCCAGACUUGCGAUUGCUUACUUUAUUAGAAGCUGGACUUCCAUCUUGGGUUAUCUUCUUUCAAUCCUACCCAGUAUUCUGCCAUAUAUAUCGGCCAUGGAUGUGCCCUCUAGCAAGAUUUUUAUACGUAGCAAUUUCAGUUGUUACAGUCGUGAUUGGCUUCUAUGAUUUGUAUAAAAACAUCCCUCUUCUUAAAGCAACCGCAUCCCGUUUAUGUGGGCCACUUUUUGGGUGGAUAGAAACAUGGGAAAUGGUGUCGAGAAUCAAGUAUUUGGGGACUAUGUUGUUUUUGCAUAACUCUGAGAAAGCAGUUAAGUGGUUCUUGAUGAUGACGUGUACUCUACAAUCACAUGUUUCAUUUCUGACUCGGCCAUUAAUGGUGGUUUUGGAGGUCCUUCUUCCCAUUUGGAACAUAUUCAUACAGACAGGGGAUUAUUUCUUCUCUUUCGUUUGGAUUCUGAUGACAACCUUUUGGAAUACAUUUGAGAAUCUAAUCGAUAUCAUAUUGCUUCCUGUUUAUUUCAUCGCAUCGAUCCUUUGGAUUAUUGCAACAGCGAUCUUGUACCCGGUAUUCUGGUUUGUUUGGGGGAUACUGUGUGCUCCAGUUAAACUUGUUGUUGGGGUAUCGAAUUUUGUGGGAUUUAUGUUUAACCAUAUGUAUAAUUUGAGUGGAGUUAUAUGGAUUUUUGUGAGUGGUAUAUUUAAGGUAGCUUCGAAUGCUGAAACAGCUGCUAGCACUUAUGAAAUUUCCAUGUGGCGUGCUCUUUGGAAUGAUCUUUUCUCUCAGAUUUUCCGUGCUGUUCGGAGCAUUUUGAAUGGGUUUGUUGCGUUUUUCACAGCUUGCAAUAGGCAUCGACUAAGCAUAUAUAAUCACGUACAAGAGUUAAUUAGAAGACUUGAUCAGCCAAUUACAGGGAGGUCACGUCUCUUGAAUUCCAUACAAAGAGUGAAGAAGUCAGGAAGCAAAACACUGGUGGAAAGCAUGGAUGGAAGGAGGGGAUUGCUUGUUGUGUUGAAUAUUUUUGGGCAACAACAAGAAGGCGUGGUUUGGGAGAUGAUAAAUUACAAGGUUUUGGAGGAGUAA